CAUUUCUCUCGUCAAACGCGAAAUGUUUAUGCACGUGUUUAUAAUCGAAGCUGUUAAAUUCGGUUAGAAAGAGCGCCAAUUCAGCCGUGUGCCAUUGUUGUUAUUGCCUGUACCUAUAUUAUGUUAUUCAAACGAGCUGCUUCUGCUUCAAAUGGAUACCGAAAUCAACGACUUAUUCUCGUUCUAAGCUCGGGCCUACUCGUAUCUUCUAUGUGCGCUUAAAUAAGUGAAUAUCGCAUCGUCCGCAAUAAUUGUGGUUUUCGCGUAAAAACAAAAAGAACAAUCUUAAAUCAUUAGUGACUGUGCGCGUCGUGCUCGAGUAUGGAAAACGAUUUAGCCACGUUAACCCGCCAAUUGAGUAUCUUGAAAGGAUUCGUGAAGUGGGACGACAUGAGAUCGCGAUUCGCAUUUUUCUGCACUUUCAAUUCAUUGAUUAAAGAUUGGAAGGCCCCGCACCCGAACCUUCUGGACGUCUUUACGCCCGAAGAGAUCGAGAAGAUUCUCAACUUUGCCGUGGACGACCCGGCCGGCGACGCGAAGCACAGAGAAAGAUUCAUCGAGUUCGUAGCCGCGACCGGCUACAAAGACGCGCUGCAGAAACGUGGCCGCCCGGUCCUGGACCGCACCACACCGCUGCAUCGUUUGUUCCACAGCCGGCUCCCCGGCGACAAGGACCGAAUGGCCCGUGCGCUCUUUCGGAUAUACGACAAAGUCAAGGUGAACUACGAGGAGACCCGUCACCUCGAGGACCAAAUCGUCUCGCACUUUCACGUGGCCUGCUGCAUCAGCGACAAUGAAAGACCGAUGACCUCGAAAAAAAUUCAUUUGGAACAAAAAAACAAAACUGAUGAGACGGAGGAUGAUGGCGAGGGCGAGCCAAGUGCCGACAUGCUCGAGGAGCAAGUCCCGGAAUCAUGCUCCAAAGUUGGAAAAAAAGCAGCUGAAAUGGGAGUAAAAUCUGGCAAGAAACGCCCGAGACCCGAAAAAAAAUCCAAUGAAAGACCGAUGACCUCGAAAAAAAUUCGUUUGGAACAAAAAAACAAAACCGAUGGGACGGAGGAUGAUGGCGAGGGCGAGUCAAGUGCCGACAUGCUCGAGGAGCAAGCUGAGACGGACGAAAAAGAAAAUUUGGACGAGGCUUCACAAGAAAAAGAAAACAAUCAAAAUGAAUUUAAAAGUAACAAGCGCAAAGACAGAGAAGAAAUAAAUGACACCGAUGCUGAUGAACAGAAACAAAAACGCUCCCGCAAAUCCGCUGAUAUGAACGAGGAACUGCGAAAGAAGUUUGUGUCUUUUCACCGGGAGAAAAGAAAAGUAAAGCUUUAUCCCGGUUAUAAUAUUUACAUUAAUGCUGCCGAGCUAUAAUUUCUUAAGGAUCAGUGGAGGAAUAAACCAAGGCAUCUUGCUAGGCAGCUUUUUUGCCUAAUUAUCGAUCCAUCAAAUUUGAAAAAAAUGACAGCGACUGGUCGAGCUGGAACUACCGAAAUACCAAAUGAUGUUUUUAAGGCAGUAUUUAGUAAGAAAAUUUUGAAAUCGUUUAAAAGGAGAUCGAUUUUGAAAUCGUUUCUCUUCAAUCUCGGCCAAAAUAUACAUUUUUUUGUUGUA